AAUUUAACUCCCCGAUACUUUCUGGCCUCCUCCUCCGCCUCCGCCUCCGCCUCCCGUCGCCCGUCCGGUCUCCGCCUCGACGAACCCUCGCCGCCUAAGUCCCCUCGCCCCUAGGUUCCCAGUCUCGAUCCCAAUACCAAUCCCUUUUCGAAUCAAAUUCCAUGAUAGAUACAGUCCGAUCGAUACUAGGAUUGAUCUCCUUCUGGUUCGAUCUCUCGAGGCGUUCUAAUUCGAUCCAUCGGAACCCUAGAUUUCGAUCCCGUAGGGUUCGGUUGUGAUUCCCGGGAUUGUUGGUGGUAUCGUUUCCCAUGGCGGAUCGCGAGGAUGAGGAGCUUCAGAUGGCGCUGCGGAUGAGCCUCCAGGGUUCGCCGCCGGAGGCGAAACGAAGCAAGCCGAGGGAGAGCCCGGAGGAGUCGGUGGAGGCUCGGAAUCGGAUGUUACAGAGGGAGCUCCUGGCAUCGGCGGCAGAGAAGCGGAUCAGGGCUAUGGGGGCUACGGAGAACAAGAGCGUCAGCCCUGCGCGGCCGGUGGGCGCGAGGGAGGAGGUGGUGGACAAGAGCGCUGCGGUGGCGAAAGCCGAGGUGGGGGAUCCGCUGGGGGGAAAGGUGGAGGAGGGAGACCGCAGGGGUUUGGAUUCUGGGGAGGAGCUGUCGCCCUCGGACGCUGACCAGCUGUUUCUGAUGGUAUUUGGGAGUGGCGUGUCGAGGGAUGUGCUGGCACAAUGGAGCAAUCAGGGUAUCAGGUUUAGCUCUGAUCCAGAAACAUGCAUAGGCCUGGUCCAGCAUGAGGGAGGUCCUUGUGGUGUCUUGGCAACCUUACAGGCCUAUGUCCUCAAAUAUCUUUUAUUUUUUCACGAUGAAUUGGGUAAACUUGAAGCCAAUAGUCCACUGUAUAGUUUAGGUCAAAGGAGAUUUUAUCAAAGUUCAUUUGUGGCAACUGAUAAUUUUGCAUGUAUAACUGAUGAUAUGAAGGAAAGAGCAUUGGUUCACAGUAUGGUUGAAAUAUUAUUUUUAUGUGGGUGUGGAAAAAGAGCUGUGGUUGCAACCCUAGGAGUUUUAAGCCAUCAAGCAGCUGAUGGAUCUAAAGUUGAUCAGAAUGAGAUGGUAACUAAAGUCUUAGAAGGCCUAUCAAUCGAGUCAGCUUCAGAUUUGCAGAAAGUUCUAAGGGUCAAUGAAUAUGCUUCACAGACAGAUGCUUUUCAUCAUCUUAUUGCGACACUUCCUGUAUUUCGAAGUCGUAUGGGGGCAAUACUAUUCCUCAUAUCUGCUCUACUUUCACGGGGACUGGAAUCCAUUCAAGAAGAUAGGGAUGAUCCUAGCCUACCACUGGUCACAGCUCCAUUUGGGCAUGCCUCACAGGAAAUCGUGAAUCUACUGCUUUGUGGACAGGCUGUCGCAAAUGUAUUUGAUGGCAGAAUGGAUCUUGGUGGUGGCAUGUUCCUCAAAGGCAUACCCACAAAGGUGGAGGUUGGAUUCCUUUCCCUUUUGGAAUCCCUUAAUUUUUGCAAGGUUGGUCAGUUUCUAAAAUGCCCCAAGUGGCCAAUAUGGGUGGUGGGUAGUGAGUCCCACUACACUGUUCUUUUUGCACUUGACCCCUCGGUGCAAGAAGAAAAUGAGCUGGAAGUACGGGCGUCCAAGAUCAGAAGAGCAUUCGAUGCCCAAGACCAGAGUGGGGGGGGAGGUUUCAUCAGUGCGGAAGGAUUUCAUCAAGUUCUCAGGGAGACCAGCAUAACCAUGCCAUCAGAAAAGCUUGAAAACCUCUGCUGUACAGGAUUUAUUGUAUGGAGUGAAUUCUGGCAGGCGUUGCUGGAUCUGGAUAAAAGCAUGGGAGGUUUCAAGGACUCAUCUGGGUCAAUGGGGAAGAAGCUUUUUGAUAUCUACCAUUUCAAUGGAAUUGCCAAGUCAGUAUUGAAUGGGAAUUCAGCAGCAGGAGGUGAGAAUCCGCCGCAGAGACCAAGGCUCUGUAAAUUGAGCGUGUCGGUCCCUCCAAGGUGGACCCAGGAAGAGUUUCUGGCUGACGUGGUGACUGCUUCAAGCAGCGAUCCAAGUGGGAAAGAGAGUGGGGUCGUUGAGGUCAAUCAACCUUCCCAGCAUGCUCCACUGGUGGACUGCAUUAGAACCCGGUGGCCCCGUGCCACUUGUUGCUGGGCUGGAGAUGCUCCCAGUAUCGUAUAGGAGUCCAUGAAUGCAGUCCCAUGAGGUAUGUUUUUCUUUUCCCCACGAACACCUGCUUAUGGGGGGGGGGGCGGUACGUGCAGCCAUGGUAAUGCAGUCUAUUCCAGCUUGAGGCAAUCACAUGCAAACCCAAAGUGCCUGAUUGUUGUAAUUGGCUUCUGUUUAUUUCCUUAUUUUAUUAUGCACACUGAAAUAUCAGUUUUCUUGUGAAAUCUUAUACGUAAUUUAGUGAAAUCUCAACUUCAAUUGGAAUGGAAAUGCCAGAUAUAUGUUGCAGGUGCUUUUGAGCUGGCACCCUGUCAUGGCU